GUUCCUCUUCUCUCUCUCUCUCUCUCUUACCUCUUUUCUCUUUUCUCUUUUCCGAGCUAAUUUCAUUAUUUCUCUUUGAUUCUUUUCUAUUUAUUAUUUGAAAAUUUUAUAUAUCACUAUAUAUAAGCCUUUUUCUUGACAAAAAAAACAUUACUUUCUUCUUUCAAUGUCUGAUAAAAAGCAAUUAACUCAAAUGUCUCAGUUCUCGAUUGUACGCGAAAUGCCAGGAGAAAAAUCAGCGUUACACAGUACACCCACACCUAGCACAAGUAACAAUGCAAAGAAGCAAAAACCUUCAGAAUUAAAGUUCAAGAUUGAACCUAUCGGUAUCCAGCCUGAAGAUGACGAUGAUCUUGAGACGUGCCCAUCUCGCACUAGAUCCUCUUGGCCACAUCAAAUUGUUCCUUGGUGGAAACCCGCGGAUCGUUAUGAAAAACCACCUUACUCUUAUGCAACACUGAUUGCUCAUGCUAUCUUGACAAGCAAAGAUGGUCGCUUGACAUUAAGUGACAUUUACAAGUGGAUUUCAGAAGCCUAUCCUUAUUAUAAAAGAGGUCAAAAGGGUUGGCAGAAUUCUAUUCGUCACAACUUGUCAUUAAACAAGAAAUGGUUUAUUAAGGUAGACCGCCGUCCUACUCAAGCUCAUCCUGGCAAAGGUGGUUACUGGACACUUCAAAUGAAUAUGGAAAAGGUGUUUGUGGAUAAUCUUUGUCAAGCUGGUGGUCAUAGUAGAAGACACCACGAUAUGGGCAUGUACUCUUCUCUCUCUACACAAUACUACCGCUCUUCCGGAUCUGAGAAUGACCAAGAUAGUUUGAGCCAAGAAGAGCUAUCGAUGCAAACCCUCUGUCCUAAUAUCCAUAUCACGCGCCCUGAAGACUAUGAGGUCAAGAAAAACAAGUCAACUGUCUCUGCUCCCAGAAUCCGCAACAUGUUUAGCCAAGAAAAGAAAAACCCAAGCCCUGCCAAUGCUCCUAAAACAGAUCCCAAGAACUUUAUUAUACGCUUUAAUCCUCAUGACUCGACUACUAAUAUUAACAAGAGAAAGAGAGACGCUCCAAGACCUCCACCCAAGGCUGGUAAGCGCCGCAAUCCUGUUGAACCUGGUUCUUCUACUGCAGAGGAUGAUGAUGAUAGUGCAGUAGACGUUGGCUCCUGUUCUGAUUCGCAUACUUCCAAAAAAAGAAAGUCAACAACAAAGGCUCAAGAUUCAAUUGUUGACACCAUCACUGCGUCACAGUACAAUCUGAGUUAUCCUUCUAUGUCGUACAACCAAGCACAUAAUUUGACUAAACCAUCGGACGUGAUCGGCAAUCUUCCAGCUUCAGGCGAAGAUAUGAUUGGCUUUAACCACAAUGACUUUUGGAUGUACGAUGAACCUGAACAAAAGCCUUCCAACAUGCUUCUUACUUCAGAAUAUCCUCCCUUGCUAUAUGAUGUCGAAGCUCAAAACAUUCUUCAGGGCCUUCAAAGUACAACUGCUCCUCAACAAACUCAGCCUCAGCAACCUGCUAAUAUCAUUAGCCAUCACCCUGACAUGAAGACUAUCGACCUUCAAACAUUUGCUUUGGAGAAGAAUAUUCACUACCCCAAUGCUUUUGCUGUUGAAGAAUUCUCUGAUCCUAACAGCAACUUGUUCAUCUCAGAUUUAAGUUCAUACAAUUUGGAUCAGUAUGUCGAUUUUAGUGCUAAUAUGAUGGCGGAUGAUACAACUCACUUGAAUCAACCAUCUGAUGUUUUACUUGAGGAUGAUGCUACUAUGAACACUUAUUGGCCAGAAACUUCUCCAGCUUGUUACAUGAACUUUGAUGCUAACAAUGCAAACACUAUGCCUUUCGUGAAAUAUGAUUAACUUCUUUCUUAUUCUUCUUAUCCUAUAUUUAUUUUCUAUAUAUAUUUAUGCUGUAUUUAUGUCCUUUUUUCUUUAUUCUUUCGUGUCCAUACCUAAUUCCCCCAUUAUACCUUUUUUUUCUUAACUUAUUGUAAAUUGAAUAAUAAAGCUUCUGUAUAAUUAUAAUAAUCAU